GAUGACAGGUCUGGAAACCGUGACGGCAGCAAGAACAAGCCUCUGGAUCUCUCACGUGAUUCGUCAAGUCCGCAGCAGACGCCCAAGAAAGUCAAGUCGUCGGGAAAGUCUCGAUCUCGAGGUACGGUUCAGCUUCGCCCCUCGGCGUACACGCCGAAUGAUCAUGACGCUCUGGAUGCCACCAAGCGGUCACUCCGGACUGCCACUCAGGUACGCGAGUCUCUGGAAGGUCUCCCGGUAGUCUGGUCCAAGCAACGUUCGGACCUGCAACAGGUCAUGGUUUCCGGACUUGAUUAUCAGGACGCUCUGGACCUGGUCAGCGGGGACAACGAGCUCGACCAGACUCCGUGGACCAAGUACGUACCAACGUGGUACUUCAAAAGCGCGAAGGUGCUCAUCGAGUCGACGGACGAAAUUCUGGAGCGCUGGCCCAACUUAAAGAAGGUUCGUCUGGAAGAUGAAGCUGAGAUCCAGAUGGCACUCUACGAGGACAUCUCGAGCGAGGACGAUGAUGAGCGGGACGCGGACUUUCAAGAUAGCAGUCCAAGUGGCAAAUCCCACAACAGCUCCGGUCGCCGGACGACUCCGCCCCGGGGCGCCAAGCAUAAGCGCGACUCAGAAUCCGGAGCUUAG